AUGGGACAAAUUACGAAAGUCAUGGUCAGCGACGGAGUUGAAGCACCGCGCACGCAGCGUAUCCCGCAUUGGCGCAUCUUGACUGAUCAGGGAGUGGUUACUCCCGAGAUCAUCGAGUAUCCCUACGCUGGAUCAGGUACUGAAGAUGACCCAUACAUCGUGGAAUGGAUCCCGAACGACCCCCGGAAUCCGAUGCAUUUCAACAAUGGCCUUAAAUGGUUGUACACUGUGCUAGUCGCCUUCGCCACCUUCGCCGUCUCACUGUCCUCAUCUGCCUACGCCGGUGGCAUUUCGGAAGUCCUCUCAGACCUGGACGUGAGUGAAGAGGUGGCUACUUUGGGUGUUUCCCUCUUCGUGUUGGGAUUCGCUGUCGGACCACUACUUUUUGCACCCCUUAGCGAGCUUAUUGGACGGCAAAUUGUCUUCAUCAUCACUUUCCUGGCACUAUCGGUCUUCUGUGCGGGUGCAGCAGGUUCCCAGAAUAUUUGGACCUUGAUUAUUCUGAGAUUCUUCGCGGGAUCUUUCGGCUCAUCGCCUCUCACGAAUGCAGGUGGUGUGAUUGCCGAUAUCUUUCCCGCGGACCAGCGCGGUCUGGCAACCAGUCUUUUCGCAGGCGCACCUUUCCUUGGUCCGACCUUGGGACCGGUCAUCGGGGGUUUCCUCGGUGAGAAUGCAGGUUGGCGAUGGGUCCAAGGGUUCCUGGCUGUUUUCACCGGUAUCAUUUGGAUGGCGGAAACGCUUUGCAUCCCAGAGACGUAUGCACCUGUCUUGCUUCGCAAACGAGCGGAGCGCCUAUCGUCUAUUAACGGCAAGGUAUAUCGGAGCAGAUUGGACAUGGAACGCGGCAAAGUUUCCGUUCGCGAUGCAUUCACUACGGCCCUGGGCAGGCCUUGGAUUCUGCUCUUUUCCGAGCCUAUUGUUCUAUUGCUGUCGCUUUACAUGGCAAUUGUUUACGGAACACUCUACAUGCUCUUCGAUGCAUUCCCGAUCGUGUUCCAAGAAAUCCGGGGCUGGAGUGAAGGCGUUGGCAGCUUGCCCUUCCUUGCCGUGAUGAUCGGUAUGAUGAUUGCAGUCGCCCUUAACAUGUACGACAAUAAGCGCUAUGUGCGUAUCCAUCACCAACACAACGGAUUUGCUCCGCCUGAAGCUCGUCUCCCGCCUACCAUGUGGGGUGGUAUCGCGAUCCCAAUCGGCCUGUUCUGGUUUGCCUGGACCAACUCCCCUUCAAUCCCAUGGAUUGUGUGCGUUCUCGCCACAGCCCCCUUCGGUUUUGGAAUGGUCUUUGUCUUUUUGGGAAUCAUGAACUAUCUCAUCGACGCGUACACCAUCUACGCCGCAUCGGUCCUCGCCGCCAACUCGAUCAUCCGUUCGUGCUUUGGUGCUGGCUUCCCACUAUUCACGACCUACAUGUAUGAGAACCUCGGUAUUCACUGGGCAUCGUGUGUGCCGGCAUUUCUCUCACUCGCAUGUGUUCCAUUUCCCUUCAUCUUCUACCGCUAUGGGCCCAGCAUUCGCCGAAAGUGCAAGUAUGCCGCUGAGGCGGAUGACUUUAUGCGAUCACUCGCCAAAAAGGCUCACAGUAAUGACGUGGUCGAGGAGAAGCUCACAGAGGCUAUUGAAGACAGUGAGCUUGUACCGGUGCGCACCGAAGAAUCUCAGGGGCGUGAGUCUAUUGACUCUGACUCCUCGCUGGAGCGGGUUGAGACGACGUAUGAGGCGAACCCUUACGAUAUUGAUCGCGUGAACACGCGGAACUCGGCGAUUACUCAGAAACCGAAGUCUACCAAGAGCGGUAGGUGGAAGAUCUUUGGUGCUGGCAAGUCCUGA